GAUACUCAAAUCGAAUCCAAAAGUCCCACACGAUGUACAAAGUUGUCGCUUUGAUUGUAACCCUUUUCGCCGUGGCCAACGCCAUACCUUCUGCGUAUGACACCGAGCAAGUGUGGGUGGCCGGAAACCUGUCCUACACCAUUCCUACCAAUGCCAUCGUUGGAGGCUACGAUCCCUACGGCUAUCCUACCUAUGUGGGCCGUGUAAAGGCCGGAACCGACAUCCUUCCCGCCCGGGUGGUUGUGGAAAGUGGAACCGCCUACUAUAACACGGCGACCACCUCUGGAAAAUCCCUGAUCUACGACUUCCUGGUGGCCGAGCGUAAUGUGCACUAUGUGUGGCAGAGAAGUUACGACGGAUUCUACGAAAAUAAUGCUGUGGCCGUGGGCACGACGCCCAAGAACGAGCGGGUCUAUAUCUGCCGGUCGAAGUGUGAUGGCGGAAUCCUGAUCGGAACCCUGUUGCUAAGCCAGAAGAUGUGCAUCAUCAAACAUGAGAGCCUGUCACUGAACAAGUUCGCUAAAUACGAAGUUCUGGUGGCCAGGCCCAAGACCAAUGGAACAAUCUAUUAAAUAAAAAAUUAUUGAAAAACA